AUGGCACCCGUCGAUUGGCAAAGCUCAAAGGACUGGCAGACGAUCAUCAUGGAGUUGCAGAACACAGCGAGGGGACUGUGGGAGAACUAUGAGGAAGAGAAAGGCCUACCAGCAAGCUCCCGUUACACGCUGCCUUGCCUGACCUCUGACUCCCAGCCCCCAAACAACAUCAAUAGCUCAGCCAUCUUGUCCUACUUCCGGGCGAUCAGGACGGCCGGAAUGACGCUACCACAUCACACACGCGACAUCGAAGAGGUCAUAGGACAGCUGGAGAAGAUCAGACCACAAAACUCCUCAGAAAUACAGGUCUCCGUACCUGCGGAUGCCUUUGAAUGGAAAUGCUUCAUCCUGACUGUCUUCCAGCAGUUUUCAAAAUGCAUGGACCAAAUUCACACUCUUGAGACGAAAGGCCAGCUAAGGCCCUCGGGCUGA